UAUAAAUGCCAAUAAGAAACCAAGUGUACUUCGCCCAGUUAAUCCUGUCGUGAUCCCAGAUAAACGUAAUGAAGAUAAACAUUCUAAGGAUGUGAAUCCUCAACGUGCUGAUUGUGUAAACCGUCGUAUUAAUGAUCGUAUUAAUACUCAUAGGUCUGCCAAGCAUUCUGUGGUUGAGCCUGUGACUCCGGAUGUAGAUCACGAUACAAGUCUUGAUGUAAGCCUGGAUGACCACAAAUCUUUUGCGAUGGUGGCAAGCAAGAAUAAUGACAGAUGGCAGGUAGCUGGCAGGCGCAAAGCAAACACUGCAGUGAAAACGAGGACUGUACCCAAACCUACACUGCAAGGAGCCUUAACCCUUCAACGAGGAGAAUCUGCUAUGGUAUAUGUGGCCAAUAUUAAAGUAAAUCCUGAUAUGACAGACAAGGACAUAAUACAAAUGAUAGUAGACUUUAAUGCUGAUCGGGGUAUAACGAUAAUUCGUGCCUUUGUUGUGAGAGUGCGAGUUAGACUAGAUAAAGUUGGCGUCAAGCUUCUGGUUAACACUGGGGAUAGCCAGAAGUUGAUUUACAACACAUCUUGGCCAGAUGGGAUUACAUGUGACUACUGGAAAAGGAAGACACGAUAUAUCUCACCAAGGUUUCAAUCUCACAAUGACUCCUGUGAUUCCUGGAAUCAAAGAGCUUGA